ACAAUUAUUUUKWUUUUGUUUUUAUUCAAAGUGCAAUAAAUCUUUAUUCUCAUAAUUUUCUAUUACUUUUCUAAUUUUCUAAUGAAUUUAGUAGUUUUCUAACGCGGCGCUUACGGUAACGGUAGCUACUUCAGACAAUAUCAUAAACCAGUAUUAUUCAUCAUGCCCCGGCUGAAGAAGCGAUCAUUGGAAACUAAAGCUAGAAUAUCACGGAUGAAACGAGCUGAAAAGCGAAGGGAACAAAUUUUGAUUUUAAAGACGCAAGCUGAAGAAAUGGAAAUUUUAUGCCGUGGCAUUAGAAGUGAAGGAGCUCUUGUACCACCAAUCAGACAAACAGCAUCAAUAUUUAAACAGCCUGUUACUGUUCAUAAGAACCAAGAAGGAAAAGUUAAAGCMGACUUCAAACACGGUAGACAAGAAAAGCCUAGACAAGUAUUUUGGGAGAAAAGACUUGAAGGUAUUCGAGCAUCAGAAAAAGAUGGUUAUGAAUUAGGUACUAGAUGGACUGGUCUAUUGCGACCAGCUGGUCCUCAUGUUAGUGAUGAUACUUUAUUGCAGAGUGUAGCUACUGCUUUGCAUGUAUGUGCUAUGCCAGUUACUGGACAACCUCCGAUGCGAUCUCAUUAUGAUAAAGAAAUCGUAUAUCGGAUUCCAGAUCAACCACUUGUCCAG